GCCCCUGGGUCUCCCGGAGCUGAGCCGGCGCCACUCACACACUCCGAGCCGCCAUUUUGCUGCUAGAGUCGCCAACUGGGGACCCGGCGCUUUCUCGUUUGCGUGGCGGCGGCUCCAGGGGCGACCGGCGGCUGCAGCUGCUGGCAGCGGGGCCGGUUCGGGGGGCGGCCGGGGGCUCGGACCGGCGAAGGCAGCACGAGGAGGAGCGGCCCGGCGGACAGGAAGAAUUUUGAUGUUGGAGAAUGACAGCAACUCCAUUCCUUAAUUCAAAUACUUUUCUGCAAGAUUUACAUUCUACAUACUGGUUCAAUUGAGCUUUUCUUUAAGCUCUACUUUUCUUUACUCUAGAAAUUGAAAAAAACAAGGAGGUUUUGAUGUUUUGUGUGGCACCUUCUGAAUUAGAAACCAUCAUGAAUGUACCUAAGGGUGGCCUGGUGUUGUUUUCAGCUAAUUCCAAUUCAUCUUGUAUGGAACUUUCAAAGAAAAUUGCCGAGAGGCUGGGGGUAGAAAUGGGAAAAGUUCAGGUUUACCAGGAACCAAAUAGAGAAACAAGAGUUCAAAUUCAAGAAUCUGUCAGAGGAAAAGAUGUUUUUAUCAUCCAAACUAUUUCAAAGGAUGUGAAUACCACAGUCAUGGAACUCUUGAUCAUGGUGUAUGCUUGUAAAACCUCUUGUGCCAAAAGCAUUAUUGGAGUGAUUCCUUAUUUUCCAUAUAGCAAGCAAUGCAAGAUGAGAAAAAGAGGCUCUAUUGUUUCUAAGUUAUUGGCUUCAAUGAUGUGCAAAGCUGGUUUGACUCAUCUCAUCACCAUGGAUUUACAUCAGAAAGAAAUACAAGGUUUCUUCAAUAUUCCUGUUGAUAAUCUGAGAGCUUCUCCAUUCUUAUUACAGUACAUUCAAGAAGAGAUCCCAGAUUACAGGAAUGCAGUGAUUGUAGCCAAAUCACCAGCUUCAGCCAAGAGGGCACAGUCCUUUGCCGAAAGACUGAGAUUAGGAAUUGCUGUGAUUCAUGGAGAAGCACAGGAUGCUGAGUCUGAUUUGGUGGAUGGGAGACAUUCCCCACCUACAGUCAAAAACAUAGCUGCUAUACAUCCCAGUCUGGAGAUUCCCAUGUUGAUUCCAAAAGAAAAGCCACCCAUCACAGUUGUUGGAGAUGUAGGCGGAAGAAUAGCGAUUAUUGUGGAUGACAUUAUUGAUGAUGUUGACAGCUUUCUUGCAGCGGCAGAAACACUGAAGGAAAGAGGAGCUUAUAAGAUCUUUGUGAUGGCAACCCAUGGUCUCCUAUCUUCAGAUGCUCCCCGAUUAAUAGAAGAAUCUGCUAUUGAUGAGGUAGUGGUUACCAACACAAUUCCACAUGAAAUACAGAAACUCCAGUGCCCCAAAAUUAAGACCGUGGAUAUUAGCAUGAUCCUUUCUGAAGCCAUUCGACGAAUUCACAAUGGAGAAUCUAUGUCUUACCUGUUCAGAAAUAUAGGCCUGGAUGACUGAUGUUUGUUGUUGUUUUGUUUUGUUUUUCAUUUAAGCUAACAAGGGCCAAACUGGAAAUGUUACAGAAUAUGUACUGUGAAGUAUCAUGCUUGAUUUUAAAUAUUUCAAAGGAACGUUGUUGGGGGAAUGGAGAGGGUUAUCUUUUUUUCCCCCCACACCCCCCCUUUUUUUCUUGAUUUCUUAAUCUAUAAGGAUAGACCAAAUUUUUAAGUUAGGUGGGGUUGGGGGAGGGGUAUUUUGUGUAUAAUAUUUUUUUAAAAAACACAUUCCCUACUCCCUUAUGUUUAAGAACAGAAAGGGGGGAGGGGAAUACCUUGUUUUAGUUUAGGUCACUAUUUUAAAAAAAUAUUUUAGGCUCAUACACCACCCCUUUUUCAAAGUUGCUUGAUUCAGAUGAUCUAAGUGCAGGGGUCCUCAACCUAGGGCCCACGGGCCAGAUGCAGCCGCUGAGGACGUUUAUUCCCCUCACCCAGGGCUAUGAAGUUUAUUUAUUUAAAGGCCCACAAGACAGUUUUUGUUUUUACUAUAGUCCGGCCCUCCAAUAGUCUGAGUGACAGUGAACUGGCCCCCUAUUUAAAAAGUUUGAAGACCCCUGAUCUAAGAUGUUUAUAAAUUAACCUCUGUGAUAUUUGACCUUUAAAAACCAAAAGAUUAUACUGUUGUACACAAGGACAUUUUGUAGAAAUGCUUUUAUAGAAAAGCAUAUAAAAUAUGCACCUGUAUUUAUUUUCUGCAACAAAAAGGAAUAAAGAAUUUGUUGUCUGAGUUUUUUUAAACUUUUAUUGAGUUGUACCAUUGGUUUAUUUAUUAAGAUACAACUCUCCAAUUAUGAUAUGACAACUUGUAUUUUUAUAGUGCUUCAAGGUUUACAAAGUGCUUUGCACACAACAGUCUUCUGAGAUAGAUAGUACAAAUAUUCUUGCCUCUUCCCGCUGCCCCAGAAAAAGUAAGACUCAAAGUUGCAAUUCCAUAAUCAUGCCACUUCUAUGUAUUGUAGCUAAUAUUCAGACUCUUAAUCCUAGCCCUAGCCAUGUUUUCACCUUGUUAUAUGGCAACAAUAAAACCUCAAAUAAGUG